GAUCGGCUUAUACAUGGCAUUGCAGUCGCAUUCGACACUCGCGGACGAUAGGAUUGCGGGUAUUUAGACUUGCGUUUUGUGGGCUUGUUGCUAAAAAUAACUCAAUUUCGUGAGGUUGAACUGGGCGAGUUGAUGAAUAUCAAUGAAUCGCAGGACAAAAACAGUCUAAAAAUCGAUGAUGGACGUUUCAAAGGCAGAGCUAGCCUUGGAGGUGGACGCCAAAGUGAUCAAUAAUCGCGACGAUGGGAAACUUGUUACCUUGAAUAACGCAAAGCGCCUCGAUUUGUCUUUCAGUGAAAUAAGCUACAGUGUCAGAUCUUCGUUGUUUUCGUCUGAACGGAAAAAAUUACUGUCCAACGUGAGCGGCAAUUUCCGAGCGGGAGAGCUCACGGCCAUCAUGGGACCUUCUGGUGCCGGAAAAACCAUGCUCAUGGAUAUUUUGGCCGGAUUCGUAACCACAUCUGUGAGCGGCGACAUCAUGAUUAACGGGAGCCUCCGGAAUCGGAGCGCCUUCCGCCGAUCGCAGGCUUACAUUAUGCAAAAUCACGUGAUGCACGAUCUGCUGACCGUCCAGGAGUCCAUGCACGUAGCGGCUGAGCUCAAACUCCGCGCAUCCUCGUCGGACAAGAGGAAAAGAAUAAACGUGCUGCUGAGAGAUCUGGGCUUGCACGAAGUCCGAUCGACGUAUGCGGGCAGUCUCAGCACCGGGCAGAAAAAACGGCUCGCCAUCGCUAUGGAAUUAGUGAGCGAUGUGCCGAUCAUGUUUUUUGAUGAACCCACGAGUGGCUUGGACAGCGUCACUACAAGGCAGUGCGUCGAGCUGCUCAAGUCCCUGGCGUACUCCGGUCGCACCAUCAUCUGCACGAUCCACCAGCCGAGCGCCAGUCUGUUUGCCCUACUCGACAACCUUUACGUGAUCGCCAAAGGCCACUGCGUCUACACGGGCAGUCCGGACAACGUGCGGCCGUACCUCAACGCGCUUGGCCUAUGUUGCCCCAACUACCACAACCCCGCCGAUUUCCUGCUGGAGGCGGCGAGUGGGGAGUACGGCGACCACACAGCCAGGAUGUCGCAGGCCAUCAAGAACGGGAGCAGCUCUAGGUACCGGAACCCCGGGACGGACGCUCGGCUGGUGUUAGACUCGCCGAAAUCGGCACUGCUCGAGAUGAGCGGAGGGAAGGAGUCGGGCAGGCGCUACGCGAGCGGUACUUUGGCGCAGAUUCGCGUGCUGCUCUGGCGGUACAUGCGGGUCACCUACCGCGACAGGAUGUACAUAAUGGAGAUUCUGGUGGCGCAUCUCGUCAUGGCGAUCGUCACUGGGUUGACGUUUCAAAAGGUGGGACAAGACGCGGCGCGGUCUCUGGAAAACGUCAAGCAGAUGAACUUCAACUUGAUAUUCAUCUCGUUCUGCGCCAUCAACGCGGCGCUGAUCACAUUCCCGGAGGAGCUGCCAAAAAUAACCAGGGAACAUUUCAACAAGUGGUACAAGUUGCACUCGAUAUACAUAGCGACAAAAAUUAUGGGCUUCAUUUUGGUGUCGAUCGCCGUCUCGGGUUACACCGUCAUAACCUGGCACAUGAGCGAUCAGCUACCCGAGUACCACAGGCUCGGCUACCUUGUGUUCAACAGCGUUGCCAUAGCCCUCGUCAAUCAGGCCAUGGGGCUACUGAUAAGCGUACUACUCAACGUCAGGAACGUGGUGUUCAUUGGUCCGUAUUCAAUAAUGCCCCCCGUGCUGUUCAGCGGGAUGUUUAUGCGCAGGGCGGAUGUACUGCCCAUACUGGACUGGACGUACGAUGUUUCCAUAUUCAAGUACGCCUACGACACUUUCAUGAUAUCCAUAUUCGGGUUUGACAGACCGCGCAUGAAAUGCUUGUCCGAUUAUUGUCACCUGUCGUCGCCAAAGGCGACUUUGUCGAUGCUCAAUGUCAGCCCAACGAGUUACUGGUCAUCGCCGUUGGUCUUGGUCAGCACUUACGUCGUUUUGCACGUCAUCACUUACUUUUGUUUGCGAUACAAGCUCAAGAUUUACAAGUUCCGGUGAUCCACCCCUGCAUGCGUGUUCAAAUAUUUUUGUUGUUUUUUUUCUCUCUCUCUAGGAGUUUUUCAAUCAAUGCAUGAAAAAAAAAAACAGGUUAA